GCUGUUUCUUUCAGUCCGUGGUGAGCAUUUGAUUCAUAUGUUGAAUUCGAGAUCGCAUAUUUCGUUACAAAAAUGACUAGCAAAGCGAAAGUGCCCAAGACGAAGGAAGGCGCGCCUGAGAACGCACCUUUGAAAAAAAGGCCGUUCAAACGACAUGGACGCUUGUAUGCGAAGGCGAUCUUCACAGGAUACAAGCGUGGGUUGCGCAAUCAACACGAGCACACAGCACUGCUGAAAAUUGAAGGAGCCAGGACAAAGAACGACUCUAAUUUCUAUGUAGGGAAGCGGUGUGUAUAUGUGUACAAGGCCAAGAACAAGACUCCUGUACCAGAAAAGACGACUAGGAAAACCAAAGUUAGGGCUAUUUGGGGAAAAGUCACUCGUCCCCAUGGAGCAAGCGGAUCGGUACGUGCGAAAUUCAAGAGGAAUCUUCCAGCCAAGGCUAUGGGCCACCGUAUUAGGAUUAUGCUGUAUCCUAGUCGGAUCUAAAUAUUCCUCUUGUAUAAUAUAAGCGAAUAAAUACCAUUUUGGUAAAAUCUA